GCAUAGGUGGCUAUUUAUUAGGAUCGAUGUAGACUGAGUUCCAAUUGAUUUGCUCAGACCCCGUUUGAAUCUAGCUUGCUCCCUCUUCAUAAGCAAAAUAAACAGCACCGUCUACCCUCCGGUACUUGGGCACGGGCUCAAACAGGUUGCUGCGGGCUGAUGUGUUUAGCCAGGAAGCAUUUACAUUAUUGAUAAGGCCUGCUGAAGGCAGGCUGUGUUGGCAGCGCCGAGCAGGGAUCUGCCUGUUUGCAAGGACUCGAGUUGCUUGGAGAUCGUCACUAACGAGGCUGUUGUGAGAGAUGUGUGGCUGCACGGCCAGCUCUGCGAACGCCGAGCAGUCCUCUGUCCAUCCCAGCAGGGAAGCUGCUUCGGCCGCAGCCAGCAUGCCCAAACGCAUACCCAUCUCCAAGCAGCUGGCUUCGGUGAAAGCUCUAGGGAAAGGCUCGGACCUAGAAAAGGCUUUUGCCACCGCAGUCCUGGUCUAUAGCAACGCUGCCGACUCCGAAGGCAAACUCAGCAAAGCAGGAGCCAGGACCUUGCUGCAAACCCAGUUUGGGCAUUUCAUACAGGGCCAGGAGAACAAGCCAAAAUACAAGGAAAUUCUUUCUGCUCUCGAAGAAGAUCCGGAUAACAAACUCGAGUUUGAAGAUUUCAUGAUCUUGUUACUCAGCAUUGCUCUGAUGUCUGACCUCCUGCAAGAGAUCAGAAACGUGAGAAACACCAAAUGAUCCACGCUUGGCAAGAAGAAUGAAAGCUAUAGCAGUGUACGUAAGAGAAGUAGCGGCCAAGAGUGAGAUAGCAGAGAUGCACAAUGCUGUAAAUAUGGCAGUACCCUAACGCUGUUUCCUUUUAGAUAGAAUAAAGUGUGGGUCAGACAGGGUGGAGCUCGCUGUUGAUAGGGAAGCCGUUCAGUGGUGCAAAAGCCUUUCGCUGUCUCUCUGCAAUGGCUGCAUUUCAGCCAUCAUAGAUACCACAUUAUUCGUUGAUUAAAAAAUUGGCCACGUAGAGAUUCAGCCCCAAUCCUUGGCUAUACAAACAAUGGGCACCUAUACACAUGCUAGAUGUCUGAUCUGAUGUGUGCUAAUUAGAUGAAUCAAGUCUGCUGGAUCAUGUUAAUUAAAACACUUCAGCAGCCUCCACGUCACGUCUAUUUAGCGUCUCCAUGCUUCCAAAUGGUGGCAAAGCCCUUGAACUAAACCAUAUUCAAUGAGGUUUAGUUCAAGCACCUCUGCCACCAUUUUAUUCAUAGAUUCAUAGAUGUUAGGGUCGGAAGGGACCUCAAUAGAUCAUCGAGUCCGACCCCCAGAUCAUCGAGUCCGACCCCCAUUUUGAAGCACAGGGAUGCUAAUACACGUGACGCUGCAGGUGUUUUAAUUAAGAGCAGCUCUCAGAGCACAUGGAUAGAUGCCCGGUGGUUAUAUGAACUUUACUUCUUGCUGUUUCCCACAUAAAAUCCAAUAGACACCAUAAACCUCUUUUAUAUCUUGUCUUCUCUAUUUGAAACGUUCUACAUUUCAUUCACUGCUAAUUAUUGAAGGAAUAUUGACUACAAUACUCAGACUGAGUCUUUGGCCUAAAUACUAGUCUAACUAGUAGAGAGUCCAAUGGGUGGUUUUAAGAACGUGUAAACCAUUGUGCACUUGAGGCCAUCCACCAAAACCAAAGUCACCCUGGAAAGUUAGAAAAAGUAACCCAUCCAAAUACUAACGUUAUUUGGUUGUUUUUUUUUAACUGGGAAUUUCUUUAAUUUUUCUGAUGUACAAAAAGUGUUCCUAAACCACAAAGGUUACCUAAACUUUGGGAUUCUAUGAUGAAAAAUAAUUGGAAAUAAAGCUACUCCUCUGUCUAGGGAGGAAAGGACUUCAGUGGUUAUGUUAAUGAAGUGGUUGUAUUAAUGACGCUGGGUCCUGGUUGGCUGCAGAUCAUCAGCGCCUGCGUGUGUCUUUCCAAUCUCCACGAGUAUCCGACCAGGUAAGGGGCUGGCUCCCAGCCAGCUUAUAACUUCUUCAAACCUCUGCUCUCACACGCAUCGUAAAAACCCACAACUUUUUUAAAAACGCCUUUCUAGCAAAAAAAAGAACAAUCCCAAACCCCAGUUCUAUGUUUCCUAUUUUUAAAUGGAGAAAGUGUUUAAAGGAUGGGAAAAAAAAUUCCCCUACGAGAGCUUAACAUACUCUGACAAGGCCAUUAUGGUGAUGGAGCCAACUACAAUGUUACAACCCCCCUAAUUUUCUUUUUCUCUUUGCCUGAAAAGAAGGGAGAGAUGAGAGAGAACAAUUUUGCCUUGACAUAGGAAAAGAGCAAAAAUUAGCCUUGACAUAGGAAAAGAGCAAAAAUUAGCCUACUCACUGUUGACUUUUGGUGCUAAGAGAGGGGGAAAGUAUAGUCUCGGGAUCUAGAUUUAGCUCUUCACCUUCAAAUACAUCACAGCGCUUCCAAAACCCAACUGGGAUUUUUGCAGCUGAGCUCCAAGCAGAAGACCCACCAUCCAUCGCUCCAGCAAGGGAAGGCCGACAUCCGAACGUGACAUUAGCACGGGCUCGUGCCACCUGGGACGCCUGCCCUCGCACCAAAUCCGGCUGUUUGCCCAGCAACGUGACCACCAGAACCGCAGCGAGUACAGGGAGCGAGGCGGGGGUGAGCAGAAGGCACAGGGUCCGUUAACAUAAAUUAAUUGAUAGCAGAGAGGGGUGCAGACCCAGAAAUGCUCACGUUUGAGACAGGAAGUGCCCAUGGCUGCAAACAGCUUGAAAAUUGAGCAGAGGGUGUUUUCUCAAAUCUGGCGAAUCCAGGGAUGCUUGGAAUGAGAAAGCAGACGGUUUGGAUGGAUGCUGAAUGAUGGGCUUCCCCUCUUUGCAAGCGGCAGCAGAGCUGCUUGCCUUUUCCUACAUUUAAAAAUUCAAAAAGGAAGGAAAUAUCCCCCAAAUAGCUCUCCCCUGCCAUUCUCCCUCGAGUUUUCUACCAGAAAACCUGGUGACCCACCUAUCUCUGAGUUUAAAAGUUCUCCCAACAGCUGAGGCCAAAGCAAUGGUUUUCCCAGCACCUAAGUAAAUGAAACAUUGCCCAGCAUGAGAGAGUGUACUAGGAAGCCGGUGAUGACUUUGAAAGCCCAUUGAGCCUCCUACUGUGCCCUCGUUACAGCAGGAGAAAAGCAUGCUUUGUGAAGCUGGUUCAAAAAAAUUAAGAAGCCACUCAAGGGGAUGCAUGGGGGGAAUGGAAAUGGGAAACCACUAGGGAUCUUCCACUAUUCAUUGUUCGGGCGUUUCUCAAUCUGGUGGGAACACAUGGCUCUGCCAUGGUAAACUCUUCACCUCUGCAGAUUUCUUAUUUGAACACGGCAUCAGUAUGAAGGCAGCACCCUGCUAGACCCAAUACCAGCCUGUAGUAGAUGCAGCUCCUGCACCAGUUACUUUAUCAACUCAAUGGACAAGGCAUUCA